UUCCACGAUAACUGUCAUUCAACAAACUUCUCUCUGGCCUCUUUCUUUCUCGUUCUGGCCAUUCCUCAAGUGGGAUUGCAUUAGACUCUGCUGCUCCAGUGCCUCAAUCUAUUGGGCAUUGGGUGGCUUCAAAAAAUGAAGCUUUAAAAAACAAGAAUAGAAGCUGGCAGUUAAGGCUGGUUGACAACGUCACAAACUCUCAUACUCACAGCCUCGCACAUUUACCGACGCUGCAAGUCCAUCUUUUUCACUUGCUCGUUAUUUUCAACGCCCAGAAGCUGUGCUGUUAAAAUAGCGAUUCCCAAAACAUGAAGCAGCCAUACAAGCAAUCCAGCUUAAAUCACAGACGGGACGAAGAGAUGCCGGGUGCCCAAACAACUCCACCAUAUUCACCAAAAACCAUUAAACAUCCUAGAUCCCUUCCCAGAUCCAUUAACUACUUGUUGAAAGAGCAGAGGCUUCUCUUUAUCUUGGUGGGUAUUUUUAUUGGCUCCACAUUCUUCAUCAUUCAACCCACCCUCUCUCGUCUGUCCCCACCUGAACCCCGUCCCUUCGUUCCCAAAUCCUUCUCUACGGGCUUGACGCUGCGUGAUGAGGCUUCCCGUUCGUCUUAUGGGUUGGGAGGCAAAGUGGGGAGAGUCCCCGUCGCACUCAGUGGCCGGCGUUUAAGGAUUGUGGUCACCGGAGGGGCAGGUUUCGUAGGAAGUCACCUCGUCGACAAGCUUAUCGCCAGGGGAAAUGAUGUCGUCGUCAUCGAUAAUUUUUUCACCGGGAGGAAGGAAAAUUUGGUUCACCUCUUUGGGAACCCGCGAUUUGAGCUCAUUCGUCAUGAUGUGGUUGAGCCAAUUCUCUUGGAGGUCGAUCAGAUCUAUCACCUGGCUUGUCCUGCUUCACCUGUGCAUUACAAGUAUAAUCCCGUCAAGACCAUCAAGACAAACGUGAUGGGUACCCUUAAUAUGCUGGGGCUCGCAAAGAGGAUUGGCGCAAGGUUCCUUCUUACUAGUACCAGUGAGGUUUACGGUGAUCCACUUGAGCACCCCCAGAAAGAGACUUACUGGGGAAAUGUAAAUCCAAUAGGUGAGAGGAGCUGUUAUGAUGAAGGAAAGCGAACUGCGGAAACCUUGUCAAUGGAUUAUCAUCGAGGUGCCGGCGUUGAGGUUCGAAUUGCUAGAAUUUUUAACACAUAUGGACCUCGGAUGUGUCUAGAUGAUGGCCGCGUAGUAAGCAAUUUUGUUGCACAGGCAAUUCGCAAACAACCAAUGACUGUAUAUGGUGAUGGGAAGCAAACAAGAAGCUUCCAAUAUGUGUCUGAUUUGGUUGAUGGGCUGGUAGCUUUGAUGGAAGGUGAGCAUGUGGGACCUUUCAACCUGGGUAAUCCAGGGGAGUUCACCAUGUUAGAACUUGCUGAGGUUGUCAAGGAAACAAUCGAUCCGAGUGCUACCAUAGAAUACAAACCAAAUACUGCAGAUGAUCCCCAUAUGAGAAAACCAGACAUCAGCAAAGCAAAGGAACUGCUCAACUGGGAACCGAAAGUCUCACUGAGAGAAGGGCUGCCUCUUAUGGUUAAUGACUUCCGGAAUCGGAUUUUGAACGAAGAUGAAGGAAAAGGGCUGUAAUAAGAAUGGUAGACAGCAAACCCUGUAUGUACAUGGCGAAGAGUUUGUCCCUGAUUCAACAUCUAUGGAUUUAUUCUCAUCUACUGUCAAUGUCAACAGGAAGGUAUGGAAUGAUAGCAACACCUCAAAUUUGUAUGACAUAUCUCAUGUCUCCAUUGUCUAUUUACAUGUAUGCCCUCUUGUCAAAUUUUGUCAGCAAUUUUCUCUCGACUAUUGUAUUAAUUUGAUGUAUGAUGGUACAUAGUAUAAACUUUAAAGUUUCUCUGUAAACUUUUAGCAUCCUGCUGUUAGAACAUCUAAAGACUUGAGAAAGUCAUAAUGCUUCAACUGGCGAACAAGGGUACCAUUUGCUACGUUA